AUGCUCCAGAAAGUCAAAGAGGAACUUGAGCGUAGGGAGAGGAACGGCAUCAUAGAAAGGGUGACGCAGCCUACCGACUGGUGUGCAUCCAUGGUGCCAGUCUUAAAGAAAAACACUGGUAAAGCACGUAUCUGUGUGGAUCUAAAAAGACUGAACAAAGCAGUUAAGAGAGAACAGUACAUCUUACCUACCACAGACGAAAUUAUAGCUAAGUUGAGUGGUGCCACGGUCUUCACGACGCUCGAUGCAGCCAGUGGGUUCUUCCAAAUCCCACUACACCCAGACAGCUGCAAACUCACGACCUUUAUCACCCCGUUCGGCAGAUUCCACUUUAAGAGGCUGCCGUUCGGAAUAACCAGCGCUCCCGAGAUUUUCCAAAGGAAAAUGAUGGAGACAAUGGAGGGGCUGGAAGGAGUGGAGAUCUUCAUGGACGAUGUGCUCAUCUAUGGGGCCACAGUGAGUGAACACGACCAGCGUCUGGAAAAGGUCAUGCAGCGCAUCGAGAUAGCUGGGUUGAAGCUCAACCGCGACAAGUGUUCCAUCAGACAACACCAGCUGCGCUUCCUCGGGCAUCUCAUUGACAAGGAUGGGAUUCGGCCCGACCCAGACAAAGUCGAGGCUAUACAACAGCUGCCACCACCAACGAACGUGCCAGAACUGAAGAGGAUCCUGGGCAUGGUAAACUACCUCGGAAGGUACAUUCCCAAGCUGUCCACAGUGGCACAGCCGCUGUACGAGCUCCUGAAGGGCAAAAAUGCAUGGACAUGGGGUCUCGUACAACAAACAGCUUUUGAACACACCAAACAGCUACUGACAACGGCACCAGUUCUUGCCUACUACGAUGUCAGCAAACCUACGGCCGUGUCAGCCGACGCUAGCAGCUAUGGACUGGGAGGAGUUCUCCUCCAGCUUCAUGGGCAGCAAUGGAAACCUGUCGCAUACUGUUCCAGACGACUCACCGACGCAGAGACACGCUACGCACAGAUUGAAAAGGAAUGUCUGGCCGGUGUGUGGGCGUGCGAGAAGUUCGACAGGUACCUCACUGGCAUUGAAUCAUUCAAACUAGUAACUGACCACAAGCCACUUGUGCCGCUCAUAAACAGCUGCAACUUGGACAACGUACCUUUGCGGUGUCAGCGUCUCCUAAUGAGACUGAUGAGAUUCAGUCCCGUGGCAGAGUAUGCUCCUGGGAAAACUCUGAUAGUCGCAGACACUCUCUCACGUAGCCCGCUGUCCACAUGUACCGAGCCGGACACUCAGAGUGAUGUGGCGUGUUAUGUUGCUAGCAUAGUGGGGGUAAUCCCUGCUAGCCAGAAUAAGAUGGAAGAGAUAAAGAUGGCAACUGCAGAGGAUGCUGAACUGCAGUCACUCAUAAAGUUCAUAUGGACAGGAUGGCCAGAACACAGCUGCAAGGUGCCUGUGGGUAUAAGACAGUUCAUGCAGGUCAAAGCAGAACUGUCAGAGCACGAUGGCCUGGUCCUCAGGGGAAGCAGGAUCGUGGUCCCGCAGCUGAUGAGAAAAGAGAUUCUCCAGAAGAUUCACGAGGGACACCAAGGACUGACUAAAUGUAGGGAAAGAGCCUACUCAUCAGUGUGGUGGCCCGGUCUCGCUACAGAGAUAAGCGGCCUAGUGUCAUCUUGCCAAGUGUGCUUUGAACAGAAAAGAACACAACAAAAGGAGCCACUCAUCUCUACACCACUUCCAGAUUGUCCGUGGAAGAGAAUCGCAAUGGAUUUAUGUGAGUACAAUCAUCAGAACUACCUGGUUGUCUCAGACUAUUACUCUAGAUUCGUAGAAAUACUGCACAUGCCAUCCACAACCAGUACACAUGCAAUACGUAAGUUGAAGGCAGUCUUUGCCAGGUUUGGCAUCCCAGACGAAGUAGUGACGGAUAAUGGGUCGCAGUUUUCUAGUGCUGAGUUUCAGGAGUUCGCGAAGCAAUUCGACUUCAGACACUGCACGUCCAGCCCACACCACCCACAGGGCAAUGGGCAUGCAGAGAGGGCCGUGCAAACAGCUAAGAAGAUCCUCAAACAAGCGGAUCCAGUGCUGGCCUUGAUGAUCUACAGGUCCACUCCGUGCUCCUCGACCGGCUUCAGCCCUGCAGAGCUGUUAAUGGGGAGAAAGAUCAGGACAACGCUCCCUACCCUGGAGAAGAAUCUUCGAUCAUGGUGGCCGAGCAGAGCAGCGGUGAAGGAAAAGGACGACCGAGAAAAGGCCAAGCAGGCCUACUACUACAAUCGCCGCCAUGGAGCCCGAUCUUUACCUGUCCUACAGCCGGGCGAUGUGGUAAGGUCCAAGUUAGACCAUGAGAAAUCGUGGUCACGGUCAGCAGUGGUUUCAGGAGAAAGCACCACUCCGAGAUCACUCGUCAUAAAGACACAGCAGGGGGCUGAGCUUCGGCGGAAUCGCCGCCACCUUCGACCUGAACCGGUUUCCCAGUCUUCCCUACCAGCGAUCAGCGACAAUACUGAGACAGACACUCACUCUGCCGUGUCAGAAACGGUUCCCUCCAGUCAGAGUGUGACUCCACCUGUAAGCCUUAUACCUGGUCAGACUGUGACAAGAUCUGGACGGGUGUGCAAACCAGUCAACAGGCUUGACCUGUAG